AUGGCUAGAAUGUCAUCAAAAGCAGUAAAGAAGAAAACUAAAUUAGAUUCCAAACAACCCGAUGAUAUUAAGGAAAAAACAUAUUUAACGAGAAACGUCGAAACGUCCAUUUCAAUUCUAGAAAGCCCCGAAAAUGAUAUCGUUUUAGAGGCACUGUUAUUUCUCUCUAAAUACGCGGAUAUUCGUUUAGUGAAUUUAACGUACCUUCAACAAAGGGGUCUGCUAAAGAAGCUGUUGGAUCUGUUUCAAAGGAACAUAUGCAUAUUAAGGUUAGCAUUGCGCCUAUUGAACAUACUUUUAGACGUAGAGGACGUGAUGGUGGAAUUCAACGAAGGCAUUUACGACGACAAAAUAAAGCAAAUAACGGAAUUUUACAUCCGGCACGAGGACAACUACGUGCGGCAGUUCUCGUUGAACAUUCUAAUAAAAUUAGCAGCGACUUGCAGAAUCACGAAUCUCAUUUUUUCCGUGAAUUUGUUGAAUCCCAUUCUUCAAACGUUGCAAUCCAAGAAAAACGAGAGCCUGCUGAAAACGACUAUAAAGCUCCUCGACUACCUCCUGCGCUCUCCUGCCGUCAUAAGCGUGUUACCAGAACUGCAAAAGUUCGAUAUCACCGUCAUACUCGAUUACAUGAACGACGAGGACCCCGAAAUUUCCAAGCUAACCUACGACAUAAUCGAAAAACUCACCAUGUUCGGACUGGACGUCUACCAGAACAUCUUCAGGCACAACCACCUGGUGGAGAAAAUGAUGGAAAUCGUAAUGAAUCCGGCUUUGAAGGACAAUCACGACGUCGCCCUCAGGAUAAUCCUCAACUGCAUGAACUCCGAUUUUACUUCCUACUACUUCGUCGAGUCGAUACAAUUCCUGAAGUUCUGUUUGUGGGUUAAAACCUGCGACGUGGAGUACUUGAAACCGUGCAUCGAGAUGUUCUCGAAAUUAUGCGCCAUGCCGCAUCUGAGACAAACCUUGUUCGAUCUGUCUGUGGAACAAUCGAUUUUGUUCUUCUUCAGGAGCACCAAUCGGUACAUACUGAACAGAGCCUGCGAGGCGAUAUCGAACUUGAGCGAGCACAAGUACUGCUGCGAGCAAAUAGUGACGCCGAUGCUCAUAAAAUCGCUGUGCACAAUGAUGGAGAAACGCGAAGAAGAAGAUCCCGAGAACGCGGUCGUUAUUAAAACAAUCGUGGAGCUCGUGAGGAGAUCGUUAAAAACUAUAGAUUUUUUAAACCAUUUCAACGCCCAGCAAACUUUUAUAGAUAUGUUCAGGCAGGGUCCGAACGCGUAUAGCGAAGAAACGUACUUGAGAGUAGUGGAGAUGUUGUAUCAGUUCUCGGUGCAUCCGAUUUAUAAAGAGACGAUUAUAUGCGAUAAGUUUUUCGAGGAAUUGUGCUGGGUCUUGAAGUACGGAUCGGAGGAUAUAUCGAUUUUCAGCGUGGAGUUGAUUACUUAUUUCAUGCCACUGCCGGAUUUCACUGGAAUUUUCAUCCGGAACAGCGGACCGGCCGUGAUCUUGGAUAAACUAAAAUCAACAAAAAACGAAUUUCUCUUCAAAAAUUUGCUAGUUCUCAUCCAUUGCGCGCUAUCCAACGAGCCUAUCAUCAUGGAGUUCAUCCGAAGGAACAUUGUACAAAUUCUAAAAGGAUUUUCGGAAGAUGUGAAGCGAAAAGCACCUCUGAUACAAACGAUCCUGCAAUUAAUUUUCGACGUUUACUUGCCGUUGAAAUUCUUCGAAUUGGCCCGUUUAGAAAUAACAGACAAACUAAACAACCAGUUCUACUUGAUAUUCGGGGAGUGGAAGGAGCCGUUUCCGUUUCUGGAAAUAUUUCAAUCUGAAAAACUGUCGCCUAGAAAAACCAUCUACGUAGUGGAUUAUACGUUCGAAAGGGCCAAGCCGAAACCGCUUCCGGAAAAUUGCCAUCCGAACGAGAACGCCCCGCAGAAGGUCGAUGAUCCAGCUAUCGUUUCGCUGAUCUCCUCUCCCUAUGAGAUAAAAUACGGCGAAUUAUCGCCCGAUCCGUUCCUACCCUCGUACAUCUAUCACAUUAAACAAUACUUCGAGAAACAGGGGGACGUGAUCAAAAAAAUCCGCAUACUGGCCGAGUACGUGGACACGGUUCUGUGCGGGCCCGAAGAGGACACGAAUCUACCGCAGAAGUUCCACACGUUCAAAUUGCAUUUGCAGACGCUUAGGUUCAAAUUAGGCACCAACAUGAUACCCAUCGGUUAUCUGAGAAUUGGGUUUCAUUGCGAAAAAGCGCUGCUGUUCAAAGCUAUAGCCGAUAAAACCUGCAUUCCGUGUUCGUUUGUAAAAGGCCAGAAUAACUUGUAUUGGAACGAAGUCGCUGUGUUUACUGGAAUAGGCGAACAUCAAAUACUUACGAUUUACGUGGUGGAUUUAAUGAAUAAUAUCGGUAAUUUAAUGGCAGUGGGAACCAAAGAGGCGAAUAAUUAUUGUUACACGAAAAAAUUUAAAUACGGUUGA